AUGAUAUUUCUGUUAGGGUACCAUGAUAACGUAGAAUUGGAGAAACAUGUAAAACCUACAUCAAAGAAGGAGAUUUUAGGAUGGUAUAGUUGUGGAUUUUCAAAUGAAGUAUUUUCUAUAGUUUCAAUGGGUACAUUUGUUCCAAUAUUAUUAGAGCAACUUGUUCGGAAUUCAGGUGUUUUGUUAUCUAAUAAAGCAAUUCCGUGUGUAUCUCAUGGUUUAUCGUAUGCUACUUUUUCAUCUCAAAGUAAUAAAGAUUUGAGUUUAUGUGUUAUCCAUGUUUCUGGAAUAGGCUGGGUAGACAGUUAUAGUUUUUCGUUGUAUGUAUAUUCUAUAGCGUCUCUUCUUCAAAGUAUUAUUAUUAUCAGUGUUAGUGGUUUGGCCGACUAUGGGAAGAAUCGUAAAACUUUACUUCUUAUUUUCUCAAUUAUUGGGAGUUUUUCUGCUAUUUCUUUUAUUUUUAUAAAUAAGCAAUAUUUUUUUGCAUCAUUUUUAUUUAUUUUAUGCAGUAUAUGUUAUGGUGCGUCCACUGUACUUCUUAAUGCUUUUUUACCUGGGUUGUCUAGAAAUCAUCCUUUGGUCAUAGAAGAAUGUAAUAAGUCAAGUUCUCGUCAAAGUUUGGUACGUGGAACUUCUUUUCUUAGAGAUGAUGUUUCUGAAGAUUAUGAUUCUUCUUUUCUUGAUUAUACAAAAAUAUCUGAUUCUCGCAUAUCUGCGCUGAUGUUGGAUUUGUCUUCAAGUAUUUCAUCUUGUGGUAUUGCUAUAAGUUAUUGUGGUGCCCUUGUUUUUCAAAUUAUAUCUAUUUUCAUAAUACAGAUAAUUGGUUCUGGAAUAUUCUCUUCUCAAAUCAUUAUUAGUGCAUCAGGAUUAUGGUGGAUGGUUUUUUCUAUUCCUGUUGCAAUAUGGCUUAGAUCACGUCUUUUACCUUCAUUGUCUCAAGAUAUAUUGGGGAAACCUUCAUUUAUAGGAUAUAUUUUAUAUUCAUGGAAAUCUUUAAUAGAUACAUUUUUAGAUGUGCGGAAAUAUAAGGAUGUAGUUAUUUUUUUAGCUGCAUGGUUUUUUAUAUCUAAUGGAUAUUCUUCUAUUAUUUCUACGACUGUUCUUUUUGCAAAGUCUGCACUUUAUAUCCCUCUUAUAGGGCUUGUUGUUAUAUCUUUAUUAUCUACUUUAUUCGGUAUUUUAGGUGCGUUUUCUUGGCCUUAUAUUAGUCAAAAGUUUAAGUUUUCUCCUUCUUAUACUCUUUUCCUUAUUCUUUCUUUAUCACUUUUUAUACCUGUUUAUGGAAUUAUUGGACUUUUUCCUAUUUCUAUAGGGUUAAAACAUCCUAUAGAGAUAUAUAUAUUAGCUAUAUUUUUCGGGUUUCUUUAUGGGGGAUUGCAAGGAUAUUCUCGGUCUUAUUUUGGUCAAUUGUGCCCUGAAAAUUAUGAAGCUAGAUUUUAUGCAUUAUAUGCAGUUACAGAGAAAUUCAGUUCGUUUUUUGGUCCUGGAAUUAUUGGUUGUAUUGUUGACAUUAUGCAUAAUAUGCGUUAUGCAUUUUUUUUUUUGUUUGUAACUAUGGCUAUAUCUAUAUUGAUUUUGGUACAGUUAAAAAUGUAUAAUAAAUAA